CAUAACAAUUAUCCACUGUUUAUGUAAACGAAAUCAAUAAUUAAGUUGUGAACGAAGCCCCGAAUUAGACGCAUUAUAAACUCGAAUCCAUACAUUAACUGUAAACAGUUCUAUAAUUAUGUCAUUACUUGGCAUAAUAAAUGCUGCUUGUUUCUUGAGCAAGGGUCUAUAAAGGAGCUCCUGCCAACAUUUAUUCGAUUAGUUCAACGUCGGCAAAUGAAGUUCAUGAAGUACGCAAUUUUCUUUUACACAUCGGUGGGCAUUGAGCCCUAUUCGGUGGCAUCUCGACCCAGGAAAAUCAGUCUGUGGUCCAACAUCCUCUUCUGGGGCAAUGUGAUCAACUUGAGUUGGAUUGUUCUUGGGGAAUUCCUGUACCUCGGAGUUGCCCUCGCCGAUGGAAAGUUUAUCGAGGCGGUCACUGUAAUGUCCUAUAUUGGAUUUGUGUUUGUGGGCAUGAGCAAGAUGUUCUUUAUAUGGUGGAAAAAACCAGACCUUAGCAAUUUGGUUACGGAACUGGAGCACAUAUAUCCGGAGGGCAAGGCUGAAGAGGAGGUGUAUCGGUUGGAUAGUUACCUGAGAUCUUGUUCCCGGAUAAGUAUCACCUAUGCCCUGCUCUAUUCUGUGCUAAUCUGGACCUUCAACUUGUUCAGCAUCAUGCAAUUCUUAGUCUACGAAAAGUGGCUCAAGAUCCGAGUGGUGGGUCAGACGUUACCAUAUCUCAUGUAUUUUCCUUGGAAUUGGGAGGGUAAUUGGUCGUAUUAUGUGCUGCUAGUACUCCAAAACUUCGCAGGGCACACUUCGGCAUCGGGACAGAUCGCAACGGAUCUUCUACUCUGUGCAGUGGCCACCCAGGUGGUCAUGCACUUCGAUCACUUGGCCAGGAUUGUGGAGAACCACGAGUUGAGUGGGGAUUGGAUCCAGGACUCUAGAUUUCUAUCGAAAGCUGUCCAGUAUCACCAGCGCAUUCUUCGUCUGAUGGACGUGCUCAACGAGAUAUUCGGGGUACCCCUUCUGCUCAACUUCAUGGUCUCCACUUUCGUCAUCUGCUUUGUGGGAUUCCAGAUGACAGUGGGUGUCCCGCCGGAUAUCAUGAUUAAACUAUCGCUGUUCCUGUUUUCCUCAAUGAGUCAGGUUUACUUGAUUUGUCACUACGGCCAGUUGAUCGCCGAUGCGAGCUCUGGCUUGUCUCUCGCUGCUUACAAACAGAACUGGCAUAAGGCUGAUGUCCGCUAUCGUCGAGCUCUGGUAUUCUUUAUAGCUCGACCUCAAAGGACAACCUAUUUAAAGGCUACAAUCUUUAUGAAUAUUACAAGAGCCACUAUGACUGAUCUUCUCCAGAUAUCCUACAAGUUUUUUGCUCUACUGCGUACCAUGUAUAUUAAGUAAACCACUUGAGAUGAACUACAUUCAACAGAACUUAUUGUUUUCAAAAUAAGUUAGAUACAUUUUAAUAUAUUUAGUAAAUU